UGGGUUCCAACACUAAAACUCAUUCAUUCCUUCAUUCGUUCGAUCUUGUGACGUAUGUAUUUGAGCGCCUUUCGCGCCCAGUAGCGUUUCGUACUCCGGCCAUUACACUUGUGAUUGUGUGUAUUAAACUGUGCAGACCUGGCAAUAAACUUAAUUAGUGAAACCACGGCCUUUCAAUCAACACCUACAACAAUUUCGCUGCCCUACAUGGUCCUUCGAGCUUCGAACUGCCUGGUCUGCACCAUUGUGUAUAAAGUGGGACAGGAGCCGCAUCAUCGCGCAACAAAACUCCUGCAUUGUGCCUACAUACACGUGAAAACUGCAUUCACAUAGUGCCGAUAGUGCGCAUCAAGAAAUCGCACUCAUAAUACAACGGGAGCCGCAUCAUCGCGCAACAGAACUCCUGCAAUUGUACCUACAUACAGUGGAAACUGCAUUCAUAUAGUGCGCAUCAAGAAAUCGCACUCAUAAUACAACGGGAGCCGCAUCAUCGCGCAACAGAACUCCUGCAAUUCACACAUAAUACAACAACGGGAGCCGCAUCAUCGCGCAAUAUAACUCCUGCAUUACCUACUUACGUGGAAUUUGCAUUCAUCUGCAUAGUGCGCAUUAAGAAACACGCACUCAAUACUGCAAAAAAAAUCGUUCAUCGUGUGCAAAACCAGCAAAUUGCAAGAUAUCAAGCAAGUCAGUUUUGCAACAAUCAUCAAACGUCAUCAAACGCAACCCGGCAUUCCCGGCAAGACGGCGGGUUGGGGGGCGCCGGAACACGAGGCGAGUAACAAAUUACUUCACGAAGUGGGCGUGACAUCCAUCUUCGCGCUGCCUGAAGUUCGCGCGCGCAUCGAGGAUUGGCCAACGCACAACAUCGUUCGUUCUCUCGUCGGUCAUCGUUCACUUGUUCGCUGCUGCUUCGGCUGUUUCCGCUGCCAUCUGUCAACGCUGUUUACCGCCGACGCCAUUUGCUUAAAGUGUGCAGUGCUAUUGUUUUUAAGUCGAAAGACAUAACUCGUGCAGUGAUACUCGUAGUGUGUAAUUUUAAGCCACAUAGUGAUUUAUAGCAUUUGUAUUUUAUUGCAUGACAAGUUUUGACAAUGGAGCUGAACGAGCUAAUAGCCGCGCGAGGCUACGUAAAAGGUACGAUUACACGAUUAACUUCACUUGUUUCGACACCGCAGUCAGUUAAAAACUUGUCUAAAGAAAACUUAAUGGCUAAGAGGCAAAAAUUGAUCGACUCCUUUAGUCAAUACGAAAAGCUAAAUAUUAAGAUUUUAACUAUCCAACCAGAUGACAAGGAGAAUGUCGAACUUUUUGAGGAAAACUAUUACAACAUCAUAUCAGUAAUUGACCAAGAACUUAACAGCCGUGAUAAUAGGAAUCACUCAGCUCCAAUGUCCAAAUUGCAUUUACCACCAAUUGAUGUACCAAUAUUUAGUGAUGCAUACACGUCACGCGCAUUUCAUAUGGAAAGAGAUGCCACGAAGGAGCCAACUAUCAACACCUUCCUUGAAUACUUGGAUAAGAGAGCGCUGGCGCUUGAGAAUGCUGAUCCGGGCUUCCACGGGCAGCAACGCCAGCCGCAAAAGGAGCAAGGCAAUGCCGUUGGUAGGAUGGUAGCCUACACAGCUGCGCAGGAGUCUACAUGCUUAUACUGUGCUGCUGCCUACAGAGCUGCCGGUGCUGCCUGAGCGCCAGCAGUCUGCAUCAGAGGCCGGCACUCCGCAACCACGUCUUAUCAACACUUAUUUUGGAUACAUAAUUGGAGGUACCCUACCACAUAUUUCAUCUAAGGUCUGCAACAAGGUAACGUUAAAGUGUACUACUUGUGAGUCUGACAUUAAUGAAACCUUAAGUAAAUUUUGGAAAACGGAAAGCGUUCCUCAGAUCUAUGAUGAAAGGUCAUCAGAGCAAGAGCUCUGCGAGUAUAUUUUUAAAAGUACUGUUCAGAUAAAAGAAAAUUGUUUUGAAGUCUCUUUACCUUUAAAAUUACCUCUUGAGGAAAUCAAUGAUGCGCUAGGUGAUUCCUUUAAUUUUGCUUUAAAAAGGUUUUUAAACUUAGAGAAAAGGCUGCAUAAUGAUCCAUAUCUUUUUAUUGAGUACCAAAAAUUUAUUCAUGAUUAUAUUAACUUGCAACAUGGCCAAUAUGUAGAUAUUGAACUGUAUGAAUUGAAUAAAAAUGCAGUUUAUUUCUUGCCUCA